AUGGAGUAUAGGGAUAGAUAUCGAGACGAACGAAGCCGAGAGCGCGAGCGAGAGCGAGACAGGGACCGAGAGCGGGACCGAGAGCGAGAUCGAGAGCGAGAUCGAGAGCGAGAGCGGGACCGGGAUCGGGAUCGGGACUGGAGGGAUCUGCGAGACUUCAGAUCCCGCCGCUCGCCACCUGGGCGAGGACGAACACCUCCACGGGACUUUCGAGAUAGAGAACGAGAUGGUCCCCCGCUAGAUGCCGACCGGUCGCGUCGCGGAUCCCGAGACACCGGGCCUCCUUCUGCUGGCUCAUCCAACUCUGACCCUGUCUUUGGGUUUCCGCCCUUUGGCCGCGGCGGCAGUUUUCUGCGUGGCCGAGGAAGAGGCGGUAGAGGAGACUGGCCAUCCGACCGAGGUCGAGGUCGGACACCGUACGAUGACCGCAACGAUCGCUAUCCCCGAAGUCGAUCCCAAGAGGCGCGGUGGGUACGAGAGCGGGAUGACCGUGAUCGAGGCGAUAGAUACCCACCAGAGGCAGACGUAAGGCGCGAUCUUCGCGAUGACCCCCGCGACCGAACGGAUCGCGACUUGAUCCGUCCCAAGAAGGAAGGCAGACCCUCCAUUUCUCACGAGCCAUCGCUUCAGAUUAGAGACGUAUCUCCACCUCCUGUUGCACCCUCUGCGCCCGCCUUUGGAUCGGUUCCUAGUCGCCAAGGGGGUGGCGGUGAUGGUGCUGCAGCAGUUGCUGGUGGCACUGGCAAACCACCUCCUUCGGCCCCGCGAGCUCUUGCGGAUCGGCCUGGUUCUGCUGGCAACCUAGCACCCAACGAUACAUCAACUCAAAGCAGUGCUCCGGCGAGAGCAGAAAGCCACGAGAGCCCUUCUAUUCCGUUGGGACCUCGCGCACAGCAGCAGCAGCAGCAGCAACAACAACAGCAGCAACAACAGCAGCAACAGCAGCAACAGCAGCAACAACAGCAGCAACAGCAGCAACAGCAGCAACGCCCUUCUAGCAAACAGUGGAUCAAUCCGGAUCUGAAGAAGCCACCGUCCUCUCCUCAAAUGAUACGAGCUCAAAGCUUUUCGCAGACGGGAUUUGGAUCGCGACGCGGUAGCAAGGAAGUUGACCAGCAUGUCGCCUCGAGACGAACAUGGGGCAGUGAUGCCGAAACUGACCUGCGAACAUCUGGUUUUGGCAAUAGAGCACGAUCGAAUUAUAGUGCCGAACCAGGAGAGAUUACUCUAAAAUCUGAAAUGGAGAGGGACUCUGACAUGUCAGAGAAGACAAGAAAAUCUGCUGCAUCUUCUACAACCCAUCAAGCUUUGAAAGAGGGCACAGGUACAUCAAGUCAACUAUUCGACAAAGCAGAGAAUGCCCCCAAAAGAACACGAAAGCCCCCUGCUGUCAGCGUCGUGCGGUUUUCUCUUCCCCCAAGGACCACCUUCCUUGAACAAGACUCGGAGUCGGACGACGAUGAAGAUAUGGCCGACUAUUUCGCCAUGGAGAUUGAAAAGACGGAAACGGAACUAAGCAAGUUGCCGCAGCCAAGUCUGCCUCUCGAGGUCGUGGCAAGGUACGCCGCGCUGUCUCAUGGAGCAAUGGCACGGAUCUUGAACGAAAGCGAAGGUUUGACUGAAAUUCUGGGGUCCAUCUCUGAAGGUGUUGUCGCUGCUUCAUCGACCAAGGGCGAGGACGGCCCUACCGUCAACCAAGACGUAGAAGUGCCUACCGGGGAAGAGACAGCGGAGCCAACGAAGCGGAAGCCUACAAUGGAACCUGACGAGGUUACAGCCAAGCCCCAGUCAGCGACUACCACUCUGGGGGAAUCAAGCGCCAAGGGUGAAAAAAUAGGUACUGAUGGCCCGCCAGCACCCUCAAUACCGGCCAGCGAAGCCCAGUCGAGGAACGGAAGUGUGAGCAAACCCUCAUCUCGGCCAGUCUCUAGGUCAGGCUGUUCAACAUCUGGGACGUCAGCUGCAGGGAAGGAGGGCUUCAAACUACCGUCGCAAGCUUUCGAAUCAAUGGUAGAGGCUCCCGACAUUGCUUCCAAGCCUCCAAGCACCCCUUCACAGGUAGCGGACGAAGACGACGAAACCGAGUCCGAAUUCGAGUCGUAUAUGGACGUGGAGACUGUCCGUCAAUUCAUGGCAACACCGCCAGUUGACAGCUUACCAGACUACAGCUGCGAGACGUGGACAAAGGACGAAGAGUUUAUGGCUUCCUUGGACACUGAUCCCCUCGUCGAUGGAUUCGUUACGGAACACCUGGAGAAGAUUCAUCUUGAGCAAGCCACAGGGCAGAAACGGCAGCAAAAGGCUUACGCAGACAACUACAUUCAUUAUCUCGACUUCACCCUGUCCAGCGAUCCUGCAGCAAUCAAGAGCCGCGACAAGUUCUCUAUAGCGGUACCAAUGGUUGAAGCGGUUGAACAAGUGCCGUCGGAACCAAAACCAGAAGGUCGCACCUCGGGAAGAAGGUUCGCCACGGAGCGCGAUUUGGAACGCGUCUUGCAAGCGUCAAUGCGGGAAGACGAGGAACGCAAGGAGCGGGAGUUGCGAGCUCAAAAGGAAAAGUUUCGCAGCGAAAAGGAGGCCAUUAUCCCGGAAAUGCACUGGAACGCGGAGCAAAGAGCCAAGGCGCAAUAUGUUGAUCGGUCCGGCUACACACCCCAAGAUCGUCUGGUGGCGACGUGGCAGGUGCUGGCUCCGGUCAACAACUUUACCGAAGAGGAGAAUGAACUUUUCGAGAAGCGCUAUCUGGAGAACCCGAAGCAAUGGGGCAAGAUUGCAGAAGUCAUGCCCAACCGCGAUUUCGGCACCUGCAUUCAGUACUACUACCUGAUGAAGAAGGACCUCAACUUGAAAGAGAAGCUCAAGAAGCAGCCUAAGAGGCGGAAGAAGGGCGGACGAGGCAAGCAGAGAUCCAGCGCCUUGGUGUCGGAGCUUGGCAACGGCGACGAGAACGAAGAGAGCCAGGACACGGGCGAAAACGGAGAAAGACGGAGGCCGCGUCGAGCUGCUGCUCCCACAUGGGGCUUUGAGCAACCGGCGACUGACAGCGAAAACGCCACGCCUGCAGGAACUCCAGGACGUCGCGUUGCAUCAGCAGUCGCUCGAGGAGAGCAAGGUGACAAGGCGGACGGCAGGAAAGGUCGCAGGCGCGUAAAAGACAAGGACAAGGACAAGGACAGGGACAAGGACAAGGACAAGGAUAAGGAGGGCAAAGCCGCCAAGGCCAAUCAAGCCUUGCCCACGGCUGCCGGAGGUGGUUCUGUAAAGGGGAGGUCUCGGUCGAGCUCUCGAGUCCCACCAGACAUGCCGGUCUUGAUGCCAUCAGAUGCGGCGGGUCGCGUCUCAGGUGCUGCAGGUUUCGAGCAAGUCGUGCCUUCUGGCAUCCACCCACCGUUGGCGGUGCACCAGCAGCCGCAGCCGCAGCCGCAGCCGCAGCAGCGAACACAGCAGCAACAGCAACAGCAACAGCAACAGCAUCAGCAUCAGCAUCAGCAGCAGCAGCAGCAGCAGCAGCAGCAACACCAGCAGCAGCAGCAUCAUCAUCAGCAUCAGCAGCAGCAGCAUCAGCAGCAGCAGCAUCAGCAGCAGCAGCAGCAGCAGCAGCAGCAGCAGCAGCAGCAUCAGCAGCAGCAGCAUCAGCAGCAGCAGCAGCAGCAGCAGCAGCAGCAGCAGCAGCAGCAACACCAGCAGCAGCAGCAACAGCUCCAGCUACAGCUACAGCAGCAGCUACAGCAACAGCAACAGCAACAGCAACAGCUACAGCAGCAGCAUCAGCAGCCGCCGCCGCCGCCUCCUGUGCAGGUUCUGGAGCGUGGAAAACCAAUAGCAGGCUCGUCAAUGGCGGAGCUGAUGGCGGCUCCCUCCCUGCGCCCAGAGCCGCCGACUCAGCCUGCAAUGACCACAUUCAAUCUACAGCCUCAGAACGAACGAAAAGCUCCGGUGCAGGCCUCGAGUUACUGGAGUGUGUCGGAAUCCAAUGACUUUCCACUUCUGUUGAGAUCAUUUGGUUCCGAUUGGACGGCAAUUGCGGCUCACAUGGGUUCCAAAACAGCCGUGAUGGUUAAGAACUACUUCGCCCGGCAAAAGGAUCAAGGCAAAGCGGAAUGGGACGCUAUUGUGGAAGAUUCAGAUGCCAAGCGAGCCAGAGGCGAGAAGCGGCCCGAUCCACCACAACCAACCACGGGUGGCCGAGGACGCAGAUAUGACACUUCGUCUGCAGUUGGCUCGACACGGCCAUUGGCUGUGGCACCAGGCAUGGAGAUGCACAACGAGCCAGCCCAACCCAAACUGGAGCCAGCCGGUCAACCUCCUCAGGCCCAACCUUUCCCUACUUACGGUGUGCCCAUUGCCCAGGCUCCUCCUGCUCAGCAGCAGCCGGUGCCGCCUCCUGGCCAACAAACCGGACAGCAGCAACCCAUGGCUAUCCAACAGCACGUUGCCGUGUCCCAGUCUGCUUCUCAGGCCAUGUCGCCGGGCUCUCGUCCUCUGCGCGCGCCUGUGCAAGCCUUUGGAUUCGCCGAGCAGCAGCAGCAGCAGCAGCAGCAACAACAACAACAACAACAACAACAGCAGAAGCAGCCACAGCCACAGCCGCCGCCGCCGCCCCCGCCGCCGACGCAGCAGCAGCAGCAGCAGCGAGAACGCGAGGUGGUUGCACAAGGCCAGCAGCCGAGAGUGCCUCUGCCGCCCAAGAGUGGCCCCGGCGCUGGUGGUGGUGGUGGUGGUGGUGGUGGCGGCGCAAGUCAAAGCCAGGUUCCCGAGCUUCGAGAGCAGCGACCGUUGAUUGCUGCUCAGCCAAUGCAGGCGGGACAUUCUGAUGUUAUGCUAGACAGGCAACAGCGAGAGAGAGUUGGCGAGCGCGACCAUCGGGAACGCGAACGAGAACACGCAAGAAAGCCUGAGCGACAGCAACCUCUGCGAAUGAAUUCCGAAGCCGAGCUGGCUCCUCAACGACACUACGAGGCUGCCUACGGCCAUCGUCACCAGUCCAGUCUCGGCGGUCAAGGCCCGAGAGGGGAGCCAUUGUCCUUGUCACGACCGCCGUCGCAGGAUCCGUCUCGAGCCUCUGGCCAUGGCGGGCAACCGUAUCCGCCACCGAUGCAUCAGCAGCAGCAGCAGCAGCAGCAGCAGCCGCCUCACGCCAUCCGGGGCAUGAUGGAACACCCCAGCAACAUCAUCAGCAGCAGCAACAUCAACUGCAUCAACAUCAACAUCAAAGUCAACCGCAUCAACAUCAGCCGCACCAGCAACAAAUGCACCAGCACCAACCGCACCAGCAUCAACCACACCAGCGACAACCCCACCAGCAACAGCCGCAUCAGCAACCACCUCAUCAGCAACAUCAACCGCACCCGCAGCAUCAACUGCAUCAACACCAACAUCUCCAACAUCAACGGCCGGCUCAUGGACAGCCGCGCUGCCAGCCGCGCCCCAGAGCCGCCUCGCAAGACAUCCAACAUCAUGUCUCUGCUCAAUGACGACCCCCCCCCUCCUCCCACCUCGAAACGAGUAAACGAAGUGUCGGCUGCGCCGUCCGGCCCGUCGGCAACACCUCCACCCCAGGGAAUGGGCCGGCCGCCCCCGGUACCCGCGCCUGGACCGGCACCGGCGACCCCUUCGCAGAUGCGCCGCGAGCCAGAGCCGCAAUACCCUCCGUACGGACGAGCUUCGAGCGGCGCGUCGGCGAUGCCAUCGCUCAAGCCAUCAUCGUAUGGAGGCUCGCCCAAUCCGCCACCUCACCUGGGAGCGCCAAGACCCGGCGGCCUGGUGGAGCAGGUCCCCGUAGAGCGCGAUCCCUACUACAGAGGUGGUCAUCCCGGAUACCAGCCGGGGCACCAGAGCGGCAACAACUCUCCUCAGACGUCGCAUCGGUACCCGGCCGCUCAACCGGCGCAAGCCCAAUACGCUCCACCUCAGAGCGGUUAUCCCGCCUCAUACGGGCAGCCACAGCAAGCUCAUGCUUCCUCUCCUCCGCCUCAGUUCGGCGGCGCACCUGGGCCUGCAUCAAGGACUCGGGAGAUUCCUGCUCCUCCUCCGCCUCCUCCUGCCCCUACGGGCCGAGAAGGUGCUUGGCAACAACCGCCGCCACCCACAGGCUCGGCUGCUUGGCCGUCCCAGCCGCCGCCGCCGCCGCCGCCGCCGUCAAAGGCUUCGCAGGGCCCUCCGCAGACAUCCUGGGGACCGCCAUCGUCGACGCCCAAGCCGUCAACUCCCGCGCCAACCUGGUCACCCGCGCCGCGCCCGCAGCACGUCGGCAUGAGGGACGAGCGAGGCGCCCCCUCUGUGUACGGAGGCGCCCCGCAGCAGUCGCCUCCGCAGCACUCCAUGCAAGGUCGAUUCCACCAACCUGGUGCGCGCGCGCCGGAAUCCAUGCCGUCACCAAACCCUGGCUAUCCGCGGUACGCUUCCACGCCUGGGCCAGGGCCGGGUCCAGGGCCAGGUCCUCCAAGAGACCCUCCCCGAAGCUACACCCCGGGAGGCUACGAUGCCAGAGGUCCUCCCCCACCCCCAGGGCCCGGGUACGGCCCAGAUCCCAGGGAAUUGCAGAUGAGGGACGCGAGGGACGCGAGGGAUGCCAUGGGCAGAGGCUUGCACGGGCGCGAAUAUGAGCGCCAUCCAGAUCGAUACGGGCGGUAG